AUGAAAUAUUUAUGGCAAAUGGUAAAUUUGUACAAUGGUGUUCGUAAAACCAAUGGUAAUUCUGAUGCUUUUCCAUACAUAUCAAUCUUUGAAUAUGAACUUUUACCAGGAAUAAAAGCUCUUCAAUUAAUGGAACAAAGUAUUCAAUCAUAUUUAAAUCAUCAAUCUUCAUCCAUUGCUCCAUUAACAACUAUAAAAGAAUUUUCAUCAGAUCUCUCUCCAUUAACUAUUCAAAUUGGUCAAAUUGAACGUCAAAUAUCUGAUAAAAGUUUUUGUUCAGUUAGAAAUAAAAAAAAACAACAACAAGCAACAGGAAUUUAUAAUCAUAAUUCACCAUUAUUAACUUGA